AUGGACAAGAUAGACCCUUCUCUGUUUCCUCCGGGGAUGUCCCAGGACGACAUUGAGGACGCGAUCGCGAACUAUUACUACUCGUGCACCGAGGUCACGCCGAUGUGUCCUGUUGAGAGGACUACGCUUGGGUAUUAUCCCAAUAGGGGAAUCAAUAUCUUUUUCGUGAUUGGGUAUGCCACGGCAACAAUGGUGGCGCUGGUGCUGGGUAUACCCAAGAAGACGUGGAGUUACACGGGGUUCAUUGCGGCUGGGUGUGCAUUGGAGCUCGCAGGCUACGCCGCACGCAUCCCAUUGACAGACAACCCUUGGAACAAGCACGCCUUCGAGACGCAGAUCGUCGCCAUCAUCCUCGCGCCCACCCUCGUCUGCAUCUCCAUCUACCUCACGCUCAAGCACGUCUGCCUUUCGCUCAACCCGGCCCUGUCGCGCGUGCGCCCGCACCUGUACCCCUUCGUCUUCGUCCCGCUCGACGUCUCAUGCCUCCUGGUGCAGGCCAUCGGUGGCGCGCUGGCCGCGAGCGCCGCGCUGAGCAACAUCCGCAUGGUCGAGCACGGCAACCGGUGUAUCAUUGCCGGCAUCGUGCUGCAGGUCGUCGUGUUGCUCUUCUUUGGCACCUCUGUGGUGGAUUAUUAUUUGCGGGUGAAGAAGUGGAUCAACUCGAAUGAGGCGGACCCCGAGGCAGUAGCUCUUUGGCGGAAUAAGAAGUUCAGGGUGUUUGUGUAUGCUGUGGCAGGAGCAUAUAGCGGCAUCUUGAUCCGCUGCAUCUAUCGUAUCGCCGAGAUGGCUGGCGGUUGGGGCAAUCACAUCAUGCAGGACGAGCCUUCCUUCAUUGUGCUGGAGGGAUUCAUGGUCCUUAUCCCCUGCAUACUGCUAGCUGUCUUUUCGCCCGGCAGGCUCUUCCCGCAAAUGGCAGCUCGCAUGUCAGCCUCUGGACGAACCGGGUUGAGACGCAGGGGCGGCGAGAAGGGCGACGUCGGCAAGCAGACGCAGUCUGAAGGACACGCAAGUCAGCAGCAGGUGGUGAGUGGGAACGAGUCGGCUGACGGUGAAGCAAAGGUGAAGGCGCAGCCUGUGUCCAAGGUUGCCCAGCAUGUGCACAAGGGUAACUCAGAUUAA